UAGAUAUACCUAUGGACAGCCUGUAUUUGGAAAUAUAUUUGCGGAGGUAACUGUUAAAAAUGAAGUUACACAUAAUUAUGAACGACAGAGGCCAACUACAAGAUAUUUGAAGGAAGCUGAUGCCAAUGGUUGUGCAGAGUUCCUCGUUGAUGCUGAAAGAUAUGAGCUACAAAAUUGGGAUUACAGUUUGUAUAAUGCCAAAAUCUACGUUUACAGUUAUAUCGUUGAACAGGGAACAGGUAUUGAAUUAAGCAACACAGAUUUUACAGGCAUUGUAGCAAGAAGCCCUCUAGAUAUAUCAAUUGAGGCACUCGCCACGUUUAAGCCAGGACUUCCAUUCUAUGGAAAAAUUUUAGUGACAAAACCAGAUGGAGUAGUUUCUCCAAACACUGCAAUUUCAAUUACAGCAAGGGCCAACUACGGUGUCAUUUUUGCUGAAACACUGACAACUGACAACAGUGGUUACAUCACUUUCAGUCUUUCAAAUAUUACUAUCCAAGCAUCAACCGUAUCAAUAAAGGCUGACAUCAUGUAUAGCCAUACAUCAAAUGAGAAGAACUGUAAUGGUCGGUAUUGUGGGUACCAUUUAAUAAUUCCUUCAGCAUAUCACAGUGCCCAGGCAUCUUACUCACCUAGUGGCAGUUUCUUGCAACUGCAACCUAUACUGGAAACAUUGAACGCAGGAGAUAAGCAAACAAUCACACUUAGAUAUACAUGGGACAGUGAACAAGAUGGAAGCCCAUAUGAUGUUCAUUUUCAGUUUUUGUUCAUGUCUAGAGGCAAUAUUCUGGAUGCAGCACCUAGUGAUCUUGUAAAAGUUGGUCUGUCUUCCACUGCUGAAAGUCCGACUGUAUCUCCAGAAGAGGAAGAUCAAUUUCCAGAAUACAUUGAAGAAGAUGUGGAUAUCAUAGAGGUCAACGAAACCGAGACAUAUGGUAAUUACUUUUUCUACCACCCAAUUCCAAAUGUUGAGAUUGCUGAACCAGGAAAAAUGUACAUAAUAAAAAAGCAAUUUGAUGUGACUCAAGAAAUGGCUCCAGUAACACGAAUCCUGGCUUACUACAUAAGGUUAGAUGGAGAAGUAAUUGCAGACAGUAUUGACGUCAGUGUUGAAAAUCAGUUUGAGAAUAAGGUCAACAUACAAUUUACUGAAGAGAAGAUGAAACCUGGUGAUUUCGCUCAGUUAAAAAUUACUUCAGCUGCUGAUUCUUUGUGUGCUGUGGGUGUUGUUGACAAGAGUGUUCAUUUAUUACGCACAAAUAAUCAAUUAAAUCAAGAAAAGGUGUUUUCUACUUUGAAUGGGUACCAGUUGUCAUCAGAUGGUGGCUACAUAGAGAGAAGCGACCACUGUCCCAACCAAUUUUAUUGGUAUCGGAAGAAAAGAUCAUUUAUGAAACGACAACCAUUCAUGAAACAACGUCGAUCAAUUGCUCCGUAUUUUCCACAAACAUCAUAUGAAGAUUCUUCCAAGGCUUUUGAGGACAUGGGUCUAGUAUUCAUGACAAACAUUGAUGUUGAAACACGACCUUGCCCCAAAUACUAUGCUCAACCAAUAGCUUUGUCAAGGUCCAGUCCAGAAUUUCUACUUGUUGAUGAUAUUUUGAUUCAACAUACUCCAGUUCCAAGCACUGUUUCAAGCAUUAGAUCAUAUUUCCCUGAAACCUGGCUCUGGGAUCUCAAACGUCAAAGUGAAUCUGGUGAAAUGCUGAUGAAUGUAACUGUACCAGACACCAUUACGGAAUGGGUGGGCAGUGGGUUUUGUACGUCCGUUACUAAAGGUGUCGGCGUGUCAUCAUCGACAAAACUUCAAGCCUUCAUACCAUUCUUUGUAUCGUAUACGUUACCAUACUCGGUGAUCCGUGGCGAAAAAGUUGCUGUCAAAACAACCAUCUUCAAUUACUUGAACGAUUGUUUAGCGAUCAAAGUUAAAUUUGAGAAAACGGAUGAUUUUGACCUGUUUUCUGAGGCUACUCAAUUUGUAUGUGUUUGUGGUGGUCAAUCAACAACAAUAGAGUUCUCGAUCGUUCCCAAGACGAUAGGAGACAUUCCACUGACAAUGUUUGCGGAAUCUGUUAGCAGUAAUUCUGGCACUGCCGUGUGUCCUGCUGAUGCGGAUAUGAGUGAUCUUCUGAGCGUGGGUGAUGCAAUUAGGAAGAACCUAUUAGUGGAGCCUGAAGGAAUUAAGAAAGAAGUUGCAUAUACUCAGCUACUAGUUGUUGAUGAUUCCAUUGAUGUGUCAUUCAGUAAAUCAUUGUUAGCAAGUCUACCGAGUGACUUCAUAGAGGGAUCAGAAUCUGGACAUUUGACGGUGAUUGGUGAUAUGAUGGGAAAAACUCUUGCCAACCUGGACAAACUUCUCCAAAUGCCAACUGGUUGUGGUGAACAGAAUAUGUUGGGCUUUGUCCCAAACAUCUAUGUUUUGCAGUACCUCAGCGAAACAAACCAAUUAGACCAAGCCAUCGAGCAGAAAGCCUUGGGAUACAUGAAGAUCGGCUAUCAGCGAGAGCUUAACUAUCGCCGAUCGGACAGCUCGUACAGCGCGUUUGGAAAUAACGAUCCACAAGGCAGUACUUGGCUGACUGCAUUUGUAGUGAAGUCUUUUGCCCGGGCUAGCGAGUAUAUUUUUAUAGAUCAAAAGGAUUUGGAUGUUAGUAUCAACUGGCUGAAGAGACAGCAGAUGGAGUCUGGAUGUUUCAGAUCUAUUGGUCGAGUCAUACACAGUAAUAUGCAGGGAGGUGUUGAUAAUGCUGAGACCCUGACAGCUUACACAAUGAUAGCGUUAAUGGAAUCGGGAGUUUCCAAAGAUGACCCUAUCAUUGUGAAAGCUACUAGAUGCGUAGGCAACAAUAUUGAUAGCCUUAAUGAUCCGUACAACAUUGCGUUAAUAGCAUACGCCCUCACUAUGGCAGAUGCUCCAACGAAAGAUGAGAUCAUUCAACUUUUGAACGAUAAUUCAAUUAAUGAAGAUGGUGUGACUCACUGGGAGGCCAUUGCAGAGGACACAACAAACUACUACUACGUCUCUGAUGAUAGCCUUGCUAAGGCACGUGAUGUAGAAGCCACAGCCUAUGGUCUUCUUGCUCAAAUAUUGUCUACCAAUGUCAAGAAUGAUAAAGUAACCGAAGGCCUGCCAGUUGUCCAGUGGAUUACUAGACAGACAAACCCUAAUGGGGGUUUUAUCUCAACUCAGGACACGGUAAUGGCUCUGGAGUCCCUUGCUGUGUUUGCAGGUGUUAGUUAUAAUAACCCUGGUGAUCUCUAUGUCGACGUACAAGUACAGGGUGUCAGACAACCUAAACGAUUCUACGUGAAUGCUGCUAAUCGCCUGGUGGUGCAGAGCAUGAUGUUCCCAUUGCUCAAUCCAUUCACCGCCAUAGCCAUUAAUGCUGGUGGAACUGGUAGUGCUCUAGUACAGACUGUCAUCAAAUACAAUGUACCAUCAGCAUUUGUGCGGCCAUCAUUUGAUAUUGAAGUUGAUGUGGACCAAGAAGAAGGUCAGGAACUUGACAGAGGCUGUGGCCAACAGAUCAUGGAUAUCUGCAUAACCUAUAAUGGGACUGCUCGUGCUACUAAUAUGGCUGUUGUAGAAGUCCAAAUGCCUUCUGGAUAUUAUCCAGAUAAAAAUUCGCUAAAAAAUCUCAUCAAGCUCAGAGCAUUUGGAAUUAAACGAUACGAAAUUGAGGGCAAAGUGGUCUCCAUCUAUUUUGAUGAGUUUGUUAAAGAUGUGCAACUAUGUUUUGAGCUAACAAUUUAUCAGCAAGAUUUAGUUGAAGAUCUCAAACCUGGAAGCAUCUUUGUUUAUGAUUACUACGAUACUGUGCAACAAGGACGUGACUUCUAUGAGGUGGAUUGUGGGGAGGAGGUUGUUGUUGAUGUAUCCCUGGCAUCUCCCUUGUCAAUAGACCUUGCAGUCGUACGUGAAAAAGUAGCAGAACCAAUAGAAGCCCCAAUAGGAGCAUUACCCAUUGAUGGUUUUUUGAACACGUGCCCUAAAGGAAAGAAAUUUGCUGAUGGAGUCAAGAAGUGUGUUGAUAUCAAUGAGUGUGAGCAACCUGAUAUUUGUCGAAAAAAUAAAGUUUGCAUCAACACAAAUGGAAGCUACAAAUGCAAAAAAGCAUGUGCACCAGGGUUCAAGCGUGAAGGAAAGCGUUGCGUUGAUAUCAAUGAGUGUGAGGUAAACCCAAGUACCUGCCAAGAGGGAUUUGUCUGUAAGAACAUAAAAGGAGACAGAUUGUGUGAAAAAGUAUCAGAGGUUUGUGAGAUGGAGAAAGUUGUAGGACCAUGCCGGGCACUUAAACCACGUUGGUAUUGGAAUAAAGAGAGCAAGCAGUGUGAACAGUUUGACUACGGUGGCUGCAGGGGUAAUGACAACAAUUUCCGAACCAUAGAGGCUUGUGAGGAAAAAUGCCAACCACAGCCACCAGAACAUUGUCUGCUUCCGAAGAAUCCUGGAAUAUGUCUGGCAUUAUUCAAUAUGUUUUAUUAUGAUGCGGCCGCUAAGCAGUGCAGAAGCUUUGUCUAUGGUGGAUGUGGGGGUAACGGCAACAGAUUCAAUACCUAUAAAGAUUGCCAAGACACUUGCUUUGCAAGGAAAAAAGAUGACACAGAGAAGCCAGGAAUAUGCCCAGUUAGUGAAGCAGGGAUUUGUGUGGAACAUUGCCAAGUAGAUUCUGAUUGUGAAGGUGUUGCAAAAUGCUGUAGUAAUGGUUGUGGACAUAUUUGUACUCGUCCUGCUCCAGUAAGCUGUGAUCCAGGAUAUGAGAAUGUGAAUGGACAGUGUGUUGUAUUAACUCAUUGUCAAAAUAGACAAAAGCAGGCUGAGGCAGACAAGGAAGCUCGUGGAGGAAGACCGCUUUUAGGAGCUUUCAUCCCAAAAUGUGAAGACAAUGGUGAAUACAUUGCUGCUCAGUGUAAUCCGAGUACUGGAUUCUGUUUCUGUGUCGAUGAAGAAGGUGAAAUUAUUGAAGAAACUAUACAAAGUCGAAGAGGGGUUAAGCCAAAUUGUGAUUCAAUACUUAUUAUUGAUUGUGCAGAAGGAUUUGAAAAUGUGGAUGGACAAUGUGUUGAUAUUGAUGAAUGUGAAUCAAUUGAUGCAUGUCCUCAAGAUUCUGGCUGUGAAAACACUGAAGGAAGUUUUAGAUGUGUAGGAGGCAACCCAUUUUUACCUGUUUUGCCUUCUAUUGAGCCUGUGGUUUGUCCUCCACUCUGUGCGAUGUUUUGUGAGUUUGGAAAUGUUUUUGAUGCCAAUGGCUGCCCAAUUUGUGAAUGCAUUAAAGGUCCAGUUACUGAAGUUACUUGUGAACCAGGUUUUGAGAAUGUAGAUGGACAGUGUGUAGAACUAACACAUUGUCAGAAACGUAAAUCUGGUGGAGGACUUCUACUUUUAGGAUCAUUUAAUCCACAAUGUGAUGAUAAUGGUGAAUAUAUUGCUGCCCAGUGCCAUCCAAGCACAGGUUUUUGUUUUUGUGUAGAUGACAAAGGUGAAAUUAUUCCGGGCACUCAACAAGAUCAAAGAGGAGUGAAACCAAAUUGUAGUGAAAUAGUUACUGCUGUUACCUGUGAGCCAGGUUUUGAGAAUGUAAAUGGACAGUGUGUAGAUAUUGAUGAAUGUGAAUCGAUUGAUGCAUGUCCUCAAGAUUCUGGCUGUGAAAACACUGAAGGAAGUUUUAGAUGUGUAGGAGGCAAUCCAUUUGGUAUACCCGCAGAUUUACAUCCAAAAAAUGGAAGUUGUCCACCUACAUCAGGAGACACUGUUGGCAUCUGUGUUCAAAUGUGUGAUGUUGAUAGUGAUUGUGAUGGUGCAAAGAAAUGCUGUAGCAUUGGGUGCGGUCGUCAAUGUACAGAACCUAUACAACUAACACAUUGUCAAAAGCGUAAAGCUGUUGGAGGACUUCUACUUUUAGGAUCAUUUAAUCCAAAAUGUGAUGAUAAUGGUGAAUAUAUUGCUGCCAAGUGCCAUCCAAGCACAGGUUUCUGUUUCUGUGUCGAUGACAAAGGUGAAAUUAUUCCGGGCACUCAACAAGAUCAAAGAGGAGUGAAACCAAAUUGUAGUGAAAUAGUUACCGCUGAACCUCCGACUUGUCCACCACUCUGUGCAAUGUUUUGUGAGUUUGGAAAUGUUUUGGACACCAAUGGUUGUCCAAUAUGUGAAUGCAUUCAAGGUCCAGUAACUAAAGAACUAACACAUUGUCAAAAGCGUAAAGCUGGUGGAGGACUUCUACUUUUAGGAUCAUUUAAUCCAAAAUGUGAUGAUAAUGGUGAAUAUAUUGCUGCACAGUGCCAUCCAAGCACAGGUUUCUGUUUCUGUGUCGAUGACAAAGGUGAAAUUAUUCCGGGCACUCAACAAGAUCAAAGAGGAGUGAAACCAAAUUGUAGUGAAAUAGUUACCGCUGAACCUCCGACUUGUCCACCACUCUGUGCAAUGUUUUGUGAGUUUGGAAAUGUUUUGGACGCCAAUGGUUGUCCAAUAUGUGAAUGCAUUCAAGGUCCAGUAACUAAAGAACUAACACAUUGUCAAAAGCAUAAAGCUGGUGGAGGACUUCUACUUUUAGGAUCAUUUAAUCCAAAAUGUGAUGAUAAUGGUGAAUAUAUUGCUGCCCAGUGCCAUCCAAGCACAGGUUUCUGUUUCUGUGUCGAUGACAAAGGUGAAAUUAUUCCAGGCACUCAACAAGAUCAAAGAGGAGUGAAACCAAAUUGUAGUGAAAUAGUUACUGCUGAACCUCCGACUUGUCCACCACUCUGUGCAAUGUUUUGUGAGUUUGGAAAUGUUUUGGAUGCCAAUGGCUGUCCAAUAUGUGAAUGCAUUCAAGGUCCAGUAACUAAAGAUCCUAUUUUUUGUGACUCAGGAUAUGAGAUUGUAAAUGGCCAGUGUGUUGAUAUCAAUGAAUGCAAUAUCUUGAACUCCUGCCCUCAAGAUGUCGGAUGCGAAAACACUGAAGGAAGCUUUGAAUGUAUUUAUGGAGGCAAUCCUUUUCUACCACCUUUAAUUCCUGUAGUAAUAGAUCCUAUUUUUUGUGACUCAGGAUAUGAGAUUGUAAAUGGCCAGUGUGUUGAUAUCAAUGAAUGCAAUAUCUUGAACUCUUGUCCUCAAGAUGUCGGAUGCGAAAACACUGAAGGAAGCUUUAAAUGUAUUUUUGAUGGAACCAAUCCUUUUGAACCACCUGAAAUUUUAGUAAUAAAAGAAGGAAGUUGCCCAGUUGUAUCAGGAGACACUGUUGGCAUCUGUGUUCAGAUGUGUGAUGCAGACAGUGAUUGUGAUGGUACAAAGAAAUGCUGUAGCAAUGGGUGUGGUCACGCAUGUAUGGAACCUGUAGGACUAACUCACUGUCAGCAGAGACGAAAGGACUACAUUUCCUCUGGUCUAAUAGGAGGUUUCUUACCAAACUGUAACAGCGAUGGGUCCUACAUUGUCAGCCAGUGCCAUGGUGGUACUGGUUUCUGUUUCUGUGUUGAUCAGUUUGGUGUAAUCAUUGAAGAGAGCAGAAUGGAUGUCAGAGGAGUUGAGGCAGAUUGUUCACAGUAUCUACCUGAAGCAGAAAUAGAACUAACACAUUGUCAGCAGAGACAAAAGGAAUAUUAUGAAACUGGCUUACUGGGAGGUUUUUCUCCAAGAUGUAAUGAUGAUGGUUCUUACAAAGUAAGCCAGUGUUAUAUCGGUUUCUGUUUCUGUGUUGAUCAAUUUGGUGAAAUCAUUGAGGAAAGCAGAUUGGAUGUCAGAGGAGUUAAGGCAGAUUGUUCGCAGUAUCUACCAGAAAUUGAAAUAACACCUAACAUUUGUCCACCAGUUUGCAAAAUAUUUUGUGAGUUUGGAAAUGUUUUGGAUGCCAAUGGCUGUCCAACUUGUGAAUGCAUUCAAGGUCCAGAAGUUACAGCUGAGCCUGUGGUUUGUCCUCCACUCUGUAAGAUGUUUUGUGAGUUUGGAAAUGUUUUGGAUGCCAAUGGCUGCCCAAUAUGUGAAUGUAUUCAAGGUCCAGAAGUUACAGCUGAGCCUGUGGUUUGUCCACCACUUUGUAAGAUGUUUUGUGAGUUUGGAAAUGUUUUGGAUGCCAAUGGCUGCCCAAUAUGUGAAUGUAUUCAAGGUCCAACAGUUCCAGUUGCUAUUGACUGUGAAGCUGGUUAUGUAUAUGAUUCGGAUGAUAACCUGUGUCAAGAUAUUGAUGAGUGUGAACAGCCUGAUUCAUGUGAUGAAUUUUCCCGCUGCAUCAACUUACCUGGAACUUACGAGUGUGAUUGCUUGGAUGGAUUUUCAGCAGAUUCCAACAAUCAGUGCAUUGAUGUAAACGAAUGUUUUAAUCCUGAACCAUGUGGGUUUGUGCCAUUCUACGAUUGUGUUAAUACUGUUGGAUCGUUUGAAUGUGUCUGCUCUGCCGGCUACACGAAGGAUGAGCAUGGCAAUUGUCAAGAUAUUGAUGAGUGUUUGGGACCAAUGUGUGGAAUCAAUUUUGCUCUACAGUGUGUGAACACAAUAGGGGCUUACAGGUGUGAGUGUAGCAACGGAUUCACAACAGACCCAGACGGUGGAUGUGAAGACAUUGAUGAAUGUGCUGAUACCAGUCUGUGCGGAAAUAAUAGCGUUUGUAUAAAUUCGUACGGCGGGUACCGAUGUGACUGCGCAGAAGGCUAUGAAAAGAACAUCAAAGCUCAAUGUGUUGCGAAGGCUGUAAAAGCCGGCAAUUGUCCAGGUACAGAUGGACUUCUUGGCAUUUGUUCCAACAUGUGUAAGGUAGAUAGUGACUGUGAUGGUGACACUAAGUGUUGCAGCAACGGAUGUGGUAGAGUUUGCCUACCAGCUGUCCACCCUGUUCCUGACGUGGUAGAAGAAGUUGAAGUGUGUCCAGUUUGUGCCACUGAUGCACUUCCAGAUGACUUUCAGCAGAGGGUGUGUGCUGCGGAUUUCAUUUGGAGUGCGAAACUGAAAAAAGAUGGGGCUACAUUCCGGUUGUUGCGCAACCAGAGUAUGGAGAAACCAGCUCCUGUUCCUGCGGGAAUGAGCGAGUUAUUGUCCUUCACAUCAACUUCUGCCUGCCUUCAGCAGUGCGAAUUGUUAAUGUCAUUUGAAACAUAUGAUAAGCUGGUGAUAAUCACCCAGUCAAGCUUAAUAAUUAACAGCAGGAUUGAGCUGGAUGGUCAAACAAUGAUUAUCGACUUGAAUGGUGAUAACAGAAAAGAGUUGGCGAGAGCUCUUAAAUCAUGUGGUAGAAUGUAAGAAGUUGUACUAGUAAGGAUGAAGUCCAUUUAAAUAAAAAUCAAAUUUAAAGCUGAUAAACUUUGCAGUUUUUAAGAGAGCAGAGUUCUAAAAAGUUUAAGAGAGCAGAGUUCUAAAAUGUUUAACAUAAUAGGGUAUACUAAUUUUUUUAUAUUCUAUUUUCAUUGAAAUCUAAAUCUUAAAAUUCAUUAAUUUUAAUGCUGUUAAAGGAAUUGUUAAAGGAAUGCACAAGGGCCUGUGCUAAUUUUUAUAUAUUAAAAUGAUUUAUAGCAAUUCCAAUAGUGCAUAUAAGUUUUUAAAUGUUUUGAUAGAUUUGAUACAGUGUAUGCUAAUUUUUAUGUUUCCAUCAAAAUCUAAAUCCAAUAAUGAUUCAUUUAAAACAAGUUUUAACAUACUGUAUAGGGCAUCCUAAUUUUUAUAUUCUAUGUUCAUUGAAAUCUAAUUCCUCCAAUUUUCAAGAUUCAUUAAUUUUAAAGCUUGAAUAAAUUUGAAGAAUGCACAAGGACCUAUGCUAAUUUUUAUACAGUAAAACAUUGAAAUUUUUAUUCCCCAUGACUUAUAAUAAGCUAAUGAAUUCAAUGAUUCCAGUGGUGCAGAUUAAGUUUUUAAAUGUUUUAACAGAUAGAUGUGAUAGUGUAUGCUAAUUUUUAUAUGUUUUUAAUAGAGUAUUUAGUAUGAAGUAGUGUUUUUCUGAGAAUAUAAUUUGCCAAUGUUUGUCUUGGAAUCAUUGAGCUGUAUUUUUAGUGAAAAUGAAUAAAAUGUUUGCAAUUGCAUAAAAGGCUUUA